CAGACAGACAACACCCCCAAUGCUUGUCCAUAACUGUUCAGUCAGUCAGUCAGUGUGUGUAUCAACAUGGCAGAGGCAACUUUGGGUCAGGAUCCCUUCUGCUGUUCAAUCUGUCUGGGUGUACUGAAGGAUCCAGUGACUACUGCCUGUGGACACAGUUACUGUAUGGGCUGUAUUAAGGGCUGCUGGGAUCAGGAAGAUCUGAAAGGUAUCUACAGCUGUCCACUGUGCAUGGAAAGCUUCACCCCAAGACCUGUUUUGAGGAAAAACAUCUUAUUGGUUGAAUUAAUGGAGAAACAGAAGAAGACAGGAUUCAAAUCUGCUCCUCCAGCUCUCUGUUAUGCUUGACCUAGAGAUGUGGAGUGUGAUUUCUGCACUAGGAGGAAACUCAAAGCUGUCAAGUCCUGCCUGUUGUGUCUGGAAUCUUACUGUGAGACUCACCUCCAGCCUCACUUUGAAUCCCCUGCCUUUCAGAAGCACAAGCUGGUCAAAGCCUCCACACAACUACAGGAGAAGAUCUGCUCUCAUCAUGACAAACCACUGGAGGUUUACUGCCGUACCGAUCAGCAGUGUAUCUGUUAUCUGUGUACAAUGAAUGAACAUAAAGGCCAUGAUACAGCUGCAGCAGAAAGGACUGAGAAACAGAAACAGCUGGUAGAGAAUCAGCAGAAAUCCCAGCAGAGAAUCCAGCAGAAAGAGAAGGAGAUGCAGGAGCUGAGACAGGCUGUGGUCUCUCUGAAUCUCUCUGCACAGGUAGCGGUGGAGGACAGUGAGAGGAUUUUUACUGAGCUGAUCUGUUCCAUUGAAAGAAGGAACUCAGAGGUGAAGCAGCAGAUAACAGCCCAGGAAAAGCAGCUGGAGCAGGAAGUAGCUGAGCUGAGGAGGAGAGAUGCCGAGCUGGAGCAGCUUUCACACACAGAGGAUCACGUCCAUUUCUUCCAGAGUUUUCUGUCUCUCUGUGUCCCUCCUGGAUCUGAUGCCUUACCCAGCAUAUGUGUCAAUCCACACAUAUCUUUUCAUUUUGUGAAGAAUUUUGUAUCUGAGGUGACAGAACAACUAGAGGAUAUCUGCAAGAAGGAAAUUGUCAAACUAUCAUGGGAAGCACCUCCCUCUGACUACUUCAUGGAUGCCAUUCCACAUACCUCUUAUUACAAUACCAACCAAUUGGCAGGGCGGAGACCCAGCCCUCGCUGGAUAACCCAACAACAAUAUUUUCAGAACAUGCAAGCGACCUUCAGCACUGUGAGGCCCAACGUGUCUAACAUGGUGACCCCUCAUCGCAUGGCCGCCCAGGCUGCAGCUGCUGUAACCCCAGUGCACAUGCCUCAGUACAAGUAUGCUGCAGGAGUGCGCAACCCUUCAUACAUUCAUACACUUCCCCAGGUUGUUUAGCAGCAGCCUGCUGUCCAUGUGCAGGACCAGGAGCCUCUGACUGCCUCCAUGCUGGCUGCUGCUCCUCCUCAGGAACAGAAGGAAAUGCUGGGUCAACGCCUCUACCCGCUCAUCCAGAACAUGCACCCCAGUCUGGCAGGAAAGAUCACUGGCAUGUUGCUGGAGAUUGACAACUCUGGGCUGCUCUACAUGCUGGAGUCUCCAGAGUGUCUCUGCUCCAAGGUGGAUGAAGCUGUGACUGUGCUGCAGGCUCACCAGGCCAAACAGGCAACAAAGAGACAAGAAAAAUUAAAGAAAAGGAAAUAAUUUGAUUCAGCUGGGUCCAGAGAUCACCAGACAAAAAUGGAAAAUGGUAAUAAUAAAACAGUCUGGGUUUAAUUACAACAGAUAAUGAAAUUACUAUGGCUGUCAAAUGAUACAAAAAUGCAAUAGAGUUCAUCGCAGGAUUUGCUGUGAUUAAUUGCGAUUUAUCGCAAAUUCUGAAUUUGCUCAAAUUGAGCUGUAUUUUAAAACAAUUGAUACAAAAAGCAUGACAAAAAUAUUGACAUCUUGAUUUUUUCCAAAGUAAUGGGAAGUAGAAUCAGGUAAACAGAUGAAGCCCACUUUCUUUAACCACAAUGUCAACCUGUUUUGACAUUGCAGUGUUGUUUUUAGUUGAAUAUAUUGUGUAUUUUGGAUGUUUUCAGUGUAUUAUGAACGCUUUCAGACAAUACGAUUAAUCACAAUUAAAAAUAAUUUGUGCACAAAAAAUACAAACAGUUAACUUGAGUUAACUGAUUAACUCUGACAGCCCUAGAAAUGACUGAAAGCAUUCUUUUCUGGCACGUUAUUCCUUUUAAAUGUAUGAAUGCUUGGGAUAUUGAAAGUCUGUGGCAUUGGGAAAUGUACAGUGCCUUCAUAAAUAUAAGACUUAUUCAUCA